UUUUCUUCUGUAUGUAUCGAUUUUAGUAGAUAUAAUUUAGUAACUAUAGUGAAAUUAACUCGUGCAGGUGCUAAUAUUUCACACUUCAUGGCAAUCAGAGCUGGGAAAUCAGACGAAGGCGCUUUAGGAAUGAAGUUUUCUGGGAUGCUCAUGAUUAGUCCAUAUUUCUGGGGAGAAAAACCUAUUGGUAUAGAGGUUAAAGAUCCAAGAAAAGCAAUGGUGGAUAAAUGGUGGAAAUAUGUUUGUCCAUCAAAUAAAGGAAAUGAUGACCCUUUGAUCAAUCCUUUUGUUGAUGAAGCACCAAAGCUUGAAGAAGUGGCUUGUGAUAGGAUUCUUGUUUGUGUUGCAGAAAUGGAUAUUCUGAGAGACAGAGGGAUAUUGUACUAUGAAUCUUUGGUGAAGAGUCAGUGGAAAGGAAAAGCAGAAAUUAUUGAAACUAAAGGGGAAGAUCAUGUUUUCCACAUCUUUAAUCCUAACAGCGAGAAAGCACUUGAUUUGGUCAAAUGUUGGGCUGUUUUUAUUAAUGAAAAGUAACAGCCUGUGAUGGUGAUAUGUUGCUUUAGGCAAAUUCUUGGGUUGCUAACUUGUCAUGUCAAAAUUUGUAUAAUUAUAAACUCCACCUGUUUCAUUCCAAUGUAAACAUUUUUUUUCCAUUCUAAUGUAGACUUUUCUAUUUGUUUUAAAGUUUUUUAAGCC